AUGGUGUUCGUACCCUCGAUCGCGGCUACUCUGGCCGUGGCCUUGUCGUUGACCCCUAUGGCGGUCUUCGGACACCCGGGAGAGAAGUACGGAAAGCGAGAGGCCCUGGAGGAGAUGGGUAAUGCUCACGUCGUCAACAAGAUGAACACGAGGGCUCUUGAGGCGUGUCAGAACUCGCCUGCGGUGAAAGCUCGCAAGGAGCGUGCCAUCGCUCGACGAGCAGAGAAAUUCGCACAGCUUCGUCGUGAUAAGGGUAUUGAAAAGGCACCAUGGCUCCACCGCCGAGACGCCGCGGCAUUUGAGAAAUGGGCCGCUCUAUCGCACAACAAGACCGGAACACUAGACUUCACCAAGGAGACCCCCAGCAAAGACAUCUUCGGCGCCAACACCAGCUGCGUGCUGACCCCGGACAACGCCAACGGGCCGUACUUCGUGUACCAGGAGCACAUCCGCACCGACGUAGUAGAAGACACGGUGGGCGUGCCCAUGCACCUGGAGCUGCAAUUCAUCGACGUGCAGACCUGCGAGCCGGUCGUCGGCGUGCUGAUCGACACGUGGUCGUGCAACGCGACGGGCGCGUACAGCGGCGUCAGCGCGAAAGGCGAGGGCGGGCUCGGGACCACGUACCUGCGCGGCGUGCAGCCGGUCGACGGCGACGGCGUCGUCAACUUCGACACCAUAUUCCCGGGCCACUACCAAGGACGCGCCACGCACCAGCACCUAAUCGCGCACGUCGGUUCCGAGGUCCUGCCCAACGGGACGUACACGGGGGGCCGCGUAGCGCACCUGUCGCAGCUGUUCUUCGACCAGACGCUGCGCGACACCAUCGAGGCCACCGCGCCGUACAACACCAACCCCAUCCCGCACACGAGCAACCUCGAGGACUGGUUUACCGGGUACGCCGCCACGUCCGAGUACGACCCGUUCCCGAACUACAUCUCGCUGAGCAACAAGCUGGAAGACGGGCUGUUCGUCUGGGCCGAGCUCGGGCUGAACACGUCGUCGAACUGGGAUCAUUAUGCGCCGUACGCGUCGACCUGGAAGGAGGGCGGCGGGUAUGAUAACCCGGACUUUGACUUUUGGGCUGUGGCUAGCCCGCCGCCGACGCAUGGUUAA